CUUCAGACUCCAAGACGACAGAUGUAGACAUGGCACUGUCUGGAAUGAUAACAUUUGGGUUGAUAGUAGUUUUAAUAGAUAAUCUUAAUGGACAAAUAACGUAUCCGGAACCUGUGAUGAUUAAGGCAAAGAGUAAAGCUGCUCUAAUCAGAUGCCAAAUGAAUUCAGCAAUGCAUACGUCCAACGCUAUCCACUGGUACAGCCUCAAGGAUCAAGCUGUCAAAAGAUUAAUGUAUGUCGAAGCUGGAUCGAAAACAUUAAAAAAAGACGAAAAUGACAACCGUAAAAUAAGUGGAUCGGUGAGCGUUGCGGAUAAGGUGACACUGACUCUCACAAUCUCAAAACUGGAGCUCAGUGAUGACGGAUAUUAUUACUGCGCGUACUGGAGUGGAGACAAGAAAGAGUUUGGUACGGGUACAAGACUUUAUGUGACUGAAAGAGGAAAUGACCAAAUCAAGCCACCAAAGUUGUCUGGAUACCUACCAUCGAAAAAAGACAACCACGGCAGACAGACAAUGUUAUGCCAGGCUAGAGGCAUGUUUCCUAACUUGGUGAAAUUUGAGUGGAAAAAAAAAGAUGGAGGACAAUGGAAUGAUCCAGGGGGAAACACUGUGGAGCAAAAUAACGAAGGUUCAGAGGUCACUGUGACAAGUAUGUUGAUUAUGGAUAAAGACAAGGUCAAAAACGACGACUACAGAUGCACUGUUACCCAUGAAGGAAAAUCUCAGAAUCUUGAUAUCAAGAUAGAAAACAGUAAGCCGGCAGAGGAAUCUAAACCUGAUAAAGCUGAUGUUCGGACAUCCUACAUCGGAUGUCCUACAUCCAGCAACAAGGAGCCCAACAUAAUGCAAAUAUCAGGAGAUUCAGAGCAAAUUCCAAGCAUGUCCCUGUUUGUCUAUGCAUAUGGAGUCAUGCUCGUGAAGAACGGUUUAUUUUUUUGCAUUGUGUCUAUAUUUCUAUUACAGAGAAAUGCUGGAAAGAAAGACAAAAAAAGCUCAGAGACUUAAUGCAUAAGAUAAAUAUCAAGCAAGCAAAGGUUUAUUACAUAAAGCACAUUUUGCUAACUAAAGAAUAGAUGCAUAUCCGCAGCAAUAUUAUCUCUGCGCAAAUGUAUGGCUUUUAAAUUUGUUGUAGAUCCGCUUUGCACAAUUUAUUUUUGAAUCUUUAAAAUGAAUUAUUUUGAUAAAAAAAAAUGUAUAAAAUUUAAAAUGUUUUGUUCUCCCAUUGUAAUGCUUUUGUUGCAUUCUCUGAAUUUGUCGAAUAAAAUCUGCUCAUGAAAUGAAUGUUA